AUGCUUCGAAUUAUCGUUCUCGUUCUAUCUGUUGCUCUUGCCAAUGUUGUCAUGGGAGAUGAUUUUGAAUCUGACAAACCUCAGUGUGUACUAAACUACGGUGCAACUCUUCCUGAUUUUCCAUGUAAUGGUUAUUUGUCCACAGAUUCCAGAUGCAACAAUAGUUUUCUGAAUAUUGCUAAUACACCAUUCUACGGUUGUUCGAAUGUCAGUUUAUUUUGGAAUUAUCCAAUGCAGAACUUGACAAUCACUAUUGAGGCAGCAAAUUAUGCAAAGUUAAAACAACCAUACACAGUCUCAUCAAAUGAUGCUUUCAGUUUUCCUGUCUAUAGAGUUUAUCCAAAUGGAAAAGAAGUCCUCAUUUCAAGAAGAACGGCAACACCAGUUGCACAAAGAUCGGAUGAAAAUUAUCAAGUUGUAUUGAAAUUUCAAGGACCAAAACGACUGACUUUCUAUGGAGCAUCUAUUGAAUAUCAAGUGGCACCAGCUUAUAAUUAA